CUUUAGUUGUGAUUAACGAGGUUUCUUUUGAUUGUUAUCUCUUCCAUAGUUAAUUAAUUGUUUUAAUUUUAGUUUAUUUGUUUAUGUUAAAAACGACAUUAUAUGCUUAAUGUCUAUUCCUGCCCCACCCAAUGCGAAUUCACCUGAUAGAUGGAGAAUCGGAUUUUCACUUGAAGUUUUCCAAUCGGAUUUUAAAGACGAGAAACAUUUAAAUGUUUCUUUCGAAAAUAUUUUAAGGAAUUUAUUGAUUAAAAUAAAUUGCCCAAAAGCUCAGUUGAAAUGCCUCUCUGGUACUAAUUCUCUGUACAAGUGGGACAAGAAUGGAUUAGUCCAUCAGAAAAGAAGUACCAAAGUGAUAAGAAAACUCAAGGUGAAUCUUAUGUCGGUCUAUGGGAAGGAUCCAUUUCUGUGGAUCAAUCAGAAGAUCGUUUGGAAAAUACAAUCAAUUGCUUAUCAAGAUCAACAGCUGUGAUUCCUUUGUCCAUAAACGUUCAACCCAAUGGAGAUGUUGAUCUAUCUGAUGCUCAUUCUAGAAAAAUUGGUUUCCUAUGGAAAUUAAACAAAGGGGACGACGAACCUUUCGUAAACUUGGAUAGUUUCCGUUCUUGUUCUAGUAAGAAUUUAGAACAAAUAAUUAUCAGUGGAUUCAGUUUCGGGAAUAUCAUCAAUGGAACCAAAUUUGUUGAACAUUUCAAAAGCUUCACCAAGGCACCUAAUGGGCGAUCUAUUAUUACUCUCGGUGGUAAAGGGGCGCCAAGUCAGUGUACAUUCGCUAGCCUUAAAUAUAUUCAACGAAUGAUGGAUUUUCAGUUUAAUAUCGAAUCGGAUCGAACUCGUAAAUUUAAACUCUCCUUCGAAUUCAAGUCAAUUAAGCAAGUAAUCGUUUCGAGGUCAGUCUCUGGUACGAGUGUUUUCUUUCGUUUAGCUUAUCAACCAAAGAUUUUCAUUGCCACCGAAGACUUGGAUCCUAAGAAAAUUGAUAUGAUGAAAAGCAAAUUUGAUAAAUUCGACUAUGAUCGUUAUUAUUCAUGUCCGGGUUUCAAGCAGUAUUUCAAAUCAGGUACAGGAUUUUGGACUCGUUGGUACGAUUGUAAAUAUAUUUCGUCUGAUUGUAUUGGAAAAAGUUCUACUUUCGUGUUGCAUCUUCCACCCGAUGAUAAUCGAACGCAUUUUAUUGACCUUGUGUCUAAAUUUCUUAUUUGGCGUCAUUACUCAAAAUUGGGAGUUUCAAUUGGUUUUAUCAAAGUCAUCGAGCAUCAACCUGUUGAUCUACCGAUUGGCCAUUUUCCCUUCGAAGUACUUUAUGCCAUUCAAAGUAUUCAAUCAGUUUCAAAUGCCUUCCAAGAUGAUUUAACUGUGAACAAUCAAAUUGAUCAUUUUAUCAGCUUCAUUAAGGAUCUGAUUGAAAGUAACGAUAAUGAAAAGUUGGUCUUUGCGCUAAAUAGACUUUUCUAUGAGUAUCUUUACAAAAACGUAGAUUUCGCUCUGAUGAAAUUGAAAGUGAUUUUCAAAAAAGUAGCCAAAGAAUGGAAAUCAAUAAAAGACAUAAAAUCUUCAUCCAGUUCGUGCGUGAAACUUUUGAGACGAGUUAUAUUAACCCCGACGAGAAAACUAAUUUUACCAGAAUUGACGUUUCAAUCAUCGCAAUUCCUUGAGGCUGCGGAUAAAGACUACGUGUUGAGAGUCAGUUUUAGAGAUGAGGAUAUGAGUGAUUUAGGAUUUGCUGUCACUCGAAAUCAAGAAGAUAUCGAUGCGGAAAAGAAGCGUCGAGAAUCGCCAGAUCCUGAAGCUAAACUUCCAUCGCCAGGAUAUUAUUUUCUUAGAAAAUGUAUUGGUGCUCGUCUUCUACCAAGCCUCAAUGUUGCCGGUAGAAAUUAUCGUAUUUUUGGUGCUUCUUCAUCACAGCUUCGUGAUCAUGGUUUGGUACUUUAUGCCGAGGAUACAAUGGGCCGUGAUGCAGCGAAAAUUAGAGAGGAAAUUGGUUCGUGCAAAGCAAAAGGGAUCUCGAAGAAAUUAGCUCGAGAUGGUCUUAGUCUCACUCAAUCUAUGGCCUUUAUUGACAUGAAAGAUGUUGAAGUUCGAUACACCAAAGAUAUUGAAGGCGGGGAACAUCCUGAUUCUAAGAAUCCAUACACAUUCACCGAUGGCUGUGGUCUCAUGUCCCCUCAGCUCGCUGAAUAUAUUUGGUCAGAGUUGAAAGCGAAAGGUGCAAUUAAGGUGAAUCCGGAUAAAGAAAUGAAAAUGCCAACAGCUUAUCAGAUUCGCUAUUUCGGAUGUAAAGGAAUGAUUAGUUUGGGUGAAAAGUUAAAAGGGAAAGUCAUCGUGCUGAGAGAAAGUAUGCGAAAAAUUGAUUCGAAGCCUGGUCAACUUGGAAUCGUUAAGAUCGCUGAUCGACGUCAAGCUUAUCUGAAUAAACCUUUGGUCACAAUAUUGAAUCAGAUUGGAUUAUCUAACAAUGUCUUCGGUGAAAUACUUUCCAAUGCAAUCGGAGAUUUAAUUGGUUCAUUCGAUUGUCCCAUAAAAGCUUCUAAGGCUUUGACAAUGUUUUCUUGUUUAAAUCGGUUUAUUGACCAUAAAAAAUUAGCUUCGAAUGGCUAUAAUCUACUUGGAGACUACUUUUUCCGAAAUUCUCUUCAGCUUGUUUUCCACCAUGGUCUUGAUAUUAUUCAACAAAAGGCUCGAAUCCCAUUAGAUUUCAACACUGCUCGAACAUUGUUUGGGGUCGCUGACCCAACUGCAACUUAUUAUUUACCUUAUGUAGUUGUGCCUACAAGUGACAGUGAUGAUCCGGAUUCCAACUUGAUCAAGAUUUUCGAUAAAAAUGAUGAACUAAUUUACUCGACGCCUGCAGGCCCAAAGAAAUCGUUGUUUUUUGAUGAAACGACAGAAAAGUUCCUAUCCGAUGCCACGUCGAAAAGUAAUGGACUAGGAAAAGGGUUAUUGAAAUAUGGACAAGUUUUCAUUUUCCCAAGUGAUUCGGAUAAACCUUUGACUGCUGAAGUUAAUGUCACUAAAUUUCCUUGUAUGGAUCCGGGUGAUGUAUUAGAAUUGAAAGCUGUUGAUAUACCAGAAUUACAUGGUAUCCGUGAUUGUGUUGUUUUCCCUGUUGAUGGUCCUCGUCCUCAUGCUGAUGAAAUGGCAGGAUCUGAUUGCGAUGGUGAUGAGUUUUGGGCAACAUGGUCAACCAUUUACAGAGAGAUUCAACAUUCUGAACCUAUGAACUUUCCGGAUGUAGGAAGUUCAGAAACUUUUGAUGAAAGUAAAAUUGACAAGGAAAUCGUUAAAUUUUUCACGAAGUAUAUUCAAGACGGUGUAGUUGGUCGAAUUGCAAGUUCGCAUAUUGUUUGGGCUGAUAUGCUUUCCGAUGGAAUUAAAUCCCAAAUAUGCAAAGAUUUGGCCUUGAAAUAUUCCAUAGCACUUGAUUCUGUUAAGACGGGAAUCAUUACCAAUUUAUUGGACGAAGAAAGAUACAAAAGAGCUCCUGAUCAUUCUUUGCAUUUGGGAGUCACACCAAGUUAUCUUUCUGCAAGAGCUUUGGGAUAUAUCUAUCGGAUUGUUUUCAUUUACAAACUUUUCCUUGCGAGAACAGUUGAACGUAAACUCAUUGAACAAACUUGCAAUCCUAGACUCAUACGAAGCGGAAGAAAAAAGUAUAUCAAACAAGCGACGGAAGCUUAUGAAUCUUAUUGUUCUAUCGUUACUUGUAUCUUAGAAAUGAGCGAAUUCACAACAGAAGCUGAACUUCUCAACCAGAUUUCAGGGAAUUAUGGUUGCGAAAGAUUCAUCGAAGUUCCUUUAAAACGUGCUAAUGAUCACCAAGAAACCAUAAUCUACAUAAUUAAUCAUCUAUUGGUUAAAAAAAUGGAAGACACUUUUUAUAGUGAAUUUGAUGGAAUGGACAAGGAAAGUGAAGAAUAUGAAGAAGCUGUUCUCGCAAAAGCUUCCGCUUAUUACGAAGUGACAACUAAAAAGAGUGCAUUGAAUAAGCGCUUCUAUGGACUCCCUUGGAUAGGAAAGUAUUCCGAACAUCUAAUUAAGCUUUUAUCUUUAUCUGAUAAAAAACCGGAUGAACCUCGUGUCACCGAAAUUGACCCACCGUCAUCGAAAGGAGGAUUUAAUGAAACACCGACAGAAAAUUACAAAACGUCGGAAUUAUGUUGGUUACGAUUACGAGAUUGGUGUACUUCGCAUCUAAAUAAGAUGGAUGCCACCAAAAGCGAUGUGGGAAGAAUUAUUUUCUUUUUAGAAAUUCUAUUCAAAGAAAUCGCAGAUAUUUAUGUUCAUAAAAAGCGAAAGAAAGAAUCUCCCUGUGACAUAUUGAAUGAAAUCUUUGCUUUAAUCGAAAAAAAGCGGCAACUAUUUGAUUUCGAAAAUAAUUUAUUCGAUUCUACUAAUGAUCCAAUAGGAUUGAUGACAUUCCUUGUCCUAGAAAGUACAUAUUGUGAUGGCAUUGAAUCGAGUAAAGUUCCAGAUUAUUGGGUCAAUUCAAAUUAUCGAGUUCUAGUCGAAGAUGAAACUAUGAUUGAUGAAGAAAUCGAAAUUUUUAAGGAAAAUCUGAAACAAAUAUCUCAUUGUGUUAGAAUUGUCCAUUUUAAAUCGAGAGACACCGAUGAACAUUUCACUCUUUCAAUUCGUGGAUCUGGUGUAUCAGUUUUCAUUUGUCAAACUCUGAUCACGAUUCACAAUUACAUCAUAAUGAAGGGAAAUGAAGACAAUAUUUUUUAGAUUAACGUAAGAAAAUCAAACCAAAUUUUAACUCUGCCAAUUCCAUUUACUUAACUGUUAACUUCGCAACUUUUGCAAUGAUUAUUGAUACUUUCCUAAUUUUAUGCCAAACGCUUUAUACGUACAUUCAUCUCAUGACUAAAUUAAUGGUAAGAUUAUGCUAUAGCCUCCCCACGUUUGAUUGAGUACCCAUUCAGCAAAAUUAAGAAUUAUCCCAUUGAGCUCAAUGCAAAUUUCUGUUAUUGAAGCCCUGUAACUAAACAUUUCCGCAAGUUCAUAGUACACAUAUGAGUAUUGGCUAUAACGACAAAAAAUUCAGAACAAUCAACAGAGGUGCCUAUAGUAUAGUUUAGCCAAAUUAAUUACAAUGUAUUUCCAAUGAUCUGUUAUUGAUCCACGAACAAUCAACUCAAUCAUCUAUCAAAGUAACCAGUAAACGUCUCACAAUUAAGUGCAAUUGUUAUUAUAAAACGAUUGUUUGAAUGUUUUUCCAAAUGUUGAGCUAAACCAAUUGUAUGAAAUUUUUCUGUUACUAUUUUUAUUGAAUAAAAAAAUCAAUUAAAUGAUAA